AUGGGAAGAAGAGAUGAAGGAGUCAAGAUUCCAAUGCUGGUCAAAGAACACUACUUUCACUGGAAAGUAAAAAUGAGGUUGCAUCUUCUCUCCUUAGAUCCUAGCUAUAUCAACUGUAUUGAGAAAGGACCACAUGUUCCAGUCAAAAUAAACACUGCCCUGAUACUUGAUGGAAGUGAAGCUGAAGAUGUUGAAGUGCCUAGAAAUCCCUCUGAGUUAUUGAAGAAGAUGAGAAAGAGUGUUAUCAACUGUCCUGCUGCAAAAGAAGUAUGGGACACUAUUCAGACUCUAUGUGAAGGCACUGAUCAAGUUAAGGAAAACAAAAUGCAGCUGUUUGUUCAACAAUAUGAAAGCUUUCACUUUAAAUCUGGAGAAUCUCUAAAUGAUCUAUUUAACAGAUUUCAAAAACUGUUAGAUGGAUUGAAACUGUAUGGUAGAGUCUAUAUGGUCAAGGAAUCUAAUCUCAAAUUUUUGAGAGCCUUGCCUAGAGAUUGGAAACCCAUGACUGUUGUUAUAAGACAAGCUCAAAAUUUUAAUGAAUACCCUCUUGAUAAACUUUAUGGUAUUCUUAAAACUUAUGAGCUUGAAAUACAACAAGAUGAAGAACUGGAAAAGAACUCCAAAAAGGAGAAAACUGUGGCUCUUGUAGCUGAGAAGGAAGAAGAAGGGGAGAAGACAUUAAAGUCUGUGGUUAAAAACUCAAGCAACAACACUGGUGAAGGUAAGAAUGAAGCUGGAAAGAAUAAAGGAAAAAUCAUUGAAGAAAAUAAGGAAUCCUCAGCCCAAGAUGAGCUAGAUGAUCUUGAUGAGCAUUUAGCCUUUCUUGCUAGAAAAUUCUCCAAACUCAAAUUCAAAAGAAAUGCUGCAAACUCUAGACCAUUCAACAGAGGGAAUCAAUCCAAACCAUCUGAUUACAGAAGAAAAUAUUUUGAUCUACUCAAGCAGAACAAGGAAAAGGCAUUCAUAACUGAGGAUGGUGACUGGGCUGCUGAUGAAGGUGACUCUGACAAUGAGGAGCGUGUCAAUCUAACCUUAAUGGCAAUUGGAGAUGAAGCUGAUUCUUCCACCACCAGCAGUGGACAGGUAAAAACCUCCAACACAUCUGAUCUUACUAAAUCUGAGUGCAAACAAAUCAUUGAUGACAUGUCUAAUGAAAUUUAUAAUCUUAGAGUGUCUCUUAAAUCUCUAACAAAAGAAAAUGUUAGAAUUCAAGGGACUAAUGAUUUGCUUGUUGAAAGAAAUGGAAAGCUUGAGACUGAAUUAAUCCAACUGGAUAAAUUUAAAAAGUCUUCUGAGCUUGCUAAGGAUGAUUUGUUGGCUGUUCUGAAAAGAGAAGAAAUUCUCAAAAAGCAAUUGGAAAGGGAACAAGAGAUAAUAGCAAAGUGGAAAUAUUCUAGGAAUGUUCUUAAGAAUAUGUGUUCCACACAAGUUCUUGAAGAUUCUUGUAUGAAUUCCAGGAAGAAGAACAAAAAGUUGUUAGAUGACUCUAAUCUCUUAGUGGAUAGUGAUAAUCCAUUGACAAAUACUCCAUCAACGGAUGAAAGCCAUCCAUCGAAGAAUCAAACAGCAGUUGAUGAAGAAAAACUCAAAAAGCUAGAUAAGAAAUAUGGGCCCAUCGAUAAGAACUUUGUGAAGGAAUCUGGUAGUUUCAAGAAAACUGAAAGAAGGCAAUUCAUGCCUAAUCCUUACUUUGGUGCAUUUAACAUGCCUGCUAUGCCUAUUCAUUAUGAUAACAUGAAUCAUGCUUUUAUCAAUCAAAUUUCUGGGAACUCUACCAAUGUUAGUUCUUCUAAUUCUGUUGUGAUACCUAAAGUUAAGAAGCUUAAUUUUGAGGAUGAAGUUGUUUCUAAACCUUCUAAAUCCAAGGAAAGUAAUGCUUCUAAACCAAAGGGAGGAAGAAAGAAUCUUUGGUACCUUGAUAGUGGAUGUUCAAGGCACAUGAUUGGAGAUUCUACCCUGCUCAGCAAGUUUGAGGAAAGAGCUGGCCCAAGUAUCACCUUUGGAGAUGACAACAAAGGAUUUACUCUGAGAUAUGGCUUCACUUCUAAAGGGAAUGUCAUCUAUGACAAUGUUGCACUAGUUAAAGGUGUUAAGCAUAAUUUGCUUAGCAUCAGUCAACUAUGUGACAGAGGACAUCAAGUUUGGAAGGGAAAUGUCUACAUAGCUGACUUCAACUCUACCAGUGCAGAUUAUCUCACUUGCUUGUUCAGCAAAGCAAGUUUGGAUGAUAGUUGGCUAUGGCACAAGAAAUUGUCCCAUUUGAAUUUCAAGACCAUGAAUGAUCUUGUGAGAAAAGAUCUUGUUAGAGGACUGCCAAAGUUGGAAUUUUCCAAAGAUGUCAAUAUCAUGUUCAUUUCAAAGAAUAAAUACUGUCUUGUGAUUGUUGAUGAUUUUAAAAGAUUUACUUGGACUUACUUUCUUCAUGCCAAGGAUGAAGCAAGUGAAAUCAUCAUCAAUCACAUUAAGAUAGUUGACAACAUUGAUCCAAUUAAGAAACUAUCAAGGAUCAGAAGUGACAAUGGAACUGAGUUCAUGAAUUCCACAAUGAAAGACUUCUGUGAAGAAAAAGGAAUUCACCAUGAAUUCUUUGCUGCAAGAACCCCUCAACAAAAUGGUGUUGUUGAAAGAAAGAACAUAACUCUUAUUGAAGCUCUUUUGGGCUGA